GCCAGAGAAAGAUUAUCUUUAGUCGCAGCACCAAUAAACAGCCUGCCCUUAUUGCUUCGACUCCUCAUUGCUUUGAGCAUCAUGGACGGGACUAGUCGAAUUUUGAUAGCACUGGUGGCAUUCCUUUUGAUUGCGAUUCAAGAUGGAUCGGGAAGACUGCUGGACGACAGCUGUGGGAUAACAUCCCCGAACCCAGUAACCCCGAAAAUAGAUGGUGGUAAAGAUACCGACAUCUUUUCUAAUCCUUGGAUGGUUCGUGUAAUGGAAAAUUGCAAAGUAAUCUGUGGCGGCUCUCUUAUCACAUCUCGAUUUGUACUCACGGCAGGGCAUUGCGUAUCCACCUCUCAUAUGCAAGUGCGCUUGGGCGAAUUUGACAUCAAAUUUCCACCGAAAGAACGGGCCUUUACUCUUGAUGUGGAUAAGAAGAUUAUCCACAGGAAGUUUAGUUUAGACUCGCAUGAUAUAGGGCUGCUUCGAUUGAAUCAGACUGUCAUGUUCUCAGACUAUAUGAGGCCGAUCUGCGUUCUUAUCAAUGAGCGAAUUGGGCCCUAUUCAAUAUUCAACGUCACCGGCUGGGGUGCAAACAGUAGAGGCGAAACCCCGGCUACUCUACAGAUUGCCACCCUUUCCCAAAUGGAUCGUUACAAAUGCAUCCGAAAAUUCAAGUUGGAGGAUACCAUGGACUGGAUAUGUGCGGGCAGUGAAACGAGUGAUGCCUGUGAAGGCGACUCUGGAGGGCCGCUAAGCGCAUUGCGCAUGUAUCAAGGACGACGAAGGUUUUUUCAGUUCGGUGUGAUCAGUAAAGGCUUAAGAAGUUGCAAUGGCUUGGGAUUUUACGCUAAUGUGGCAUACUUCGGCAACUGGAUCGCGGAUGUUAUCCAGAAUUUUUAAGAUUUCGAUUAACAUAAUUCUAGACCAUAUGUACGACACCGUUUUGUCCUGCAAAUGGCAUUUGCAUUUGGAUGGUUAAAAGAAGAAGAAACGCUAUAGUCAAAUUAUUCAUUAUUUUAAUUAAUAAAACUAAAAGUGUUUUUGAGUAACGAUUAACGUUGAUAAAGAAAUAAAGGUCACCCGAAAAAG